UCGUUUUUGAGAAGUGAUGUCCACUAUUACCGAUUCCAGUUCUCCAAGUCUCUAUUGGCGGCGGUAGCACGAGGAGAUUCGAGCGUUGUGAGGUGGCUUCUCGACCAUUUUGUGGGGUGUACAGCGGGCGUGGAGGUCGUGGAGGAAGCCGCGCGCUGUGGUCGACGCGAGAUUCAGGAGUUCUUUCUCGAGUACGGGACUGUAGAAGACCAAGCCGACGACGAACGGAACGCCAUCGUGUGGGGUGGGGACGAUAUGGCGAAUGCGAUUGAAGCGGAGCAUGGUGAGCUGGCGCGGUGGCUGUAUGAGGCCACUCCCGAUACUGAGAGGAACCUGUCAGCAGUGAUGGGGCUGGCAGUUCGCCAAGGUGACAUGAAAUUGGUCCACUGGCUGAUGGGCACCGUGUACACAGGGGACUGCCGCGCCAGAGAAGCGGUGCAGGUCGCGUGUGGGCAAGGCCAUCUCCCUGUUGUUCAGUGGCUGCUGGAGCGCGAGUUGGUGCAGUACCCUCACUUCGCCAUGGGCUGCGCUAUUCGUGAGGGACACUUGGACAUCGUGAAGUAUUUGUCCGAAGUUGGCAUUACUAUGACCCGUCACGCAUGCUGA